AUGGCUCCUGCUAGCGAACAGGAAAUGCAGAAGGAGUUGGAUAAGUUCAAGGGCAUGCAGGAAGGUCUGCAGAAAGACUACGAAGCUCGGAUGGGCCUCAUUGCUCAGCAGCAGGAGACCGAGCUAGUGAAGCAGGAGUUUGACUCCAUCGAGGAAGAUGCAGUCGUCUAUAAGCUGGUUGGCCCCGUGAUGGUCAAGCAGAAUGUCGACGAUGCCAAGGCCAAUGUCGCCAAGCGUUUGGAGUACAUCUCCGGCGAGCUGGACAGGUCGAACAAAAUCAUCGGUGAAAAGGAAAAGGAGUUGGGCGACAAACAAAAGAGUGACCCCAACCACUUUGCUGUGAGCUCUGCGGGCUUCCUGGCGCCGGACUUCAACUUCUUCGACUCGCGCGAGUUUUUCCUGUCCGCGGACUCCUCCUGCAGCGAGAAGCUCCUGGUCGACCUGGAGCAGGCCCCCAACUCCUCAGAGGCCAAGCAUUUGCAGCAUGACCGUCGCUUCAAGGUGAAGCAAAUCAAGGAGGGUCUCGGCGCUGCAAAGAAGCAAGAGGUUGGACAUUUUCGAGAGGCUCUCCAUCAGCAACCCCGUUCCGAACUGCAGGACAUACCUGCCGUAGAACUCCACAUGCUUCCUGAGAAGCCGAUGGAUCCAGCAUCCCAGUGGAUGGUGUUGCUAGUGCCCCGGGCGCAGAAGCUCUUUGACCGGACCGUGUACCUCUGCCGGCCAACGCCACGGCCAUGUGUGGCCAAAGUCACCUUUCCACCUUUGCCGCCUCGCUUGAUGAAUUUAUUUGGCCGUUGGGACCCCACGCUCGAUCCUUUGAGGUCCAUGCCGCACCACCUCGUUGUUGGCUUGGAGGUCUUGCUAGUGGCCAGCAUUCUAGCUAUGAGUCUCAAAGCAGCCAUUCCUUUGGCCCACCUGGCACGCAGCGUGUGGAACUGCUCCAGUUCCAGUGAGGGGUCUGAUGCCUUAGCUUCCCACGUGCUGCUGGAGGAGUCCCUGCCCAAGACGUACAAGCUGCUGCGCCACGCAGAAGUCCACAAGGGCGCCGAUGAUUGCCCGCUAGACUGCAAGCCGCUGGAUGCCGGUUUUGAGGUGACGGUGCUGGAGAUGAAGGUGGUUGACGGCGACACUGGAGACAACAUUGCAUGGAGCGCUUUCGGCCUUGUCAGGCGUGCCUGGGCAAGGCUUUUUGGCGCUCCAUCCACUUCGCACGCAGUCUGGGGUCGGAUACAAGAUCCUGUUGGCUGGAUCUUGCUCCACGAUGGCACUUGGAAGAUUUGGGGUGCGGACGGCCAGGACGUGAAGGCGCCGUACCGAGCCCAUCCGUUGCUCCUAGUGCCCUUAGGCGCACUGCUCCCCAGGCAGCUUGUCCUUGCAGCAAGCCAUGCCUCUGUGCAGUGGCUCUUGCUUGAAAACCUCGCAAGCCUUCUGCCAGUACAACUCUUCGCCGGAGUUUCGCUGAGCUUCUGCGCCCUUCACUUGGCUGUGCUGCUUCAGGCAAAAGUGACUGUGAAAUGGGGUGUUCGGUAUGAUGAGGUCUUGGAGCGCAGUAGGCAGCGCCUGCACCCUGUGGACCAAACGCACGCCACGCGCUGCUUCGCGCUGAUCCUGCUGGUCAUGAUGUCUGCCUUGCUACCAGCAGUGUCCAUGUCAGCAUCCUUCGUGACUCCGUUUUUUGCUUUGAUUUCUGCGGUGUUUCUGCAUGCCUGGGACUUGAGCACAUCCCUGAACGGCCUCAGCAAAUGGAGAGAGCCACAGCUUGCCUGCGAGUUUACGGAGUUCCCAUCGGAGAAACUUCCUAGCUGCGAGACUGUGCCACAAAUGCUGCGGAAAGAGCGGGAAAGCCACUAUCUCGUCGCCAGCUCCUUGACCUGGUUCGUUGCAACGGUCGCUGUGGGCGUGCUCUCCUUGAUGGGCUUGGAUGCCUUGCAUAUGAGAGGCGCAUUGGUGGACUAUUCCUUCAGCAAGGGCUAUCUUACUGGCAUCGCAGGUGUCGCAACACUGGAGAAUACCCUCUUGCUGCAUGACGCGGCAGACUCCAUCACCUUUGUGUAUGAAGGUAGCCAGCACACCAGAAGCAUAUCCCUCAAGCUUGAACAUCCGCAGCUGGACGGGCAAGAUACGGAGGAGGUGACGUUGUUUUCAUAUGACGGUGAAGGUGGCGGGCACAAGGAUCCAGCCAGCACACCAGCUGCUGGAAAGUUCGAGGUAAAACUGCCUACUGGACCGCUUUACAGCCGGAUCACUGUUGAGGCUGCUAGCCAUCUGAGGAUUAGCCCCACAAGGUACAGCUUCCACAUUGUUCGGGUGGGGGAGGCGCUCUCGCUGUCACUCAGUGGCAAGGUUUCUACUGCAAAUGCUAGUGUUGUUGACUUCAGCGAGAAGCGCCGAUGGUUGUACCAGAAGGCACACCCGGACUGGUUUGUUCCUGAGCUCAUAAACGGCACCAUGGCCAGCUUGGAAAUGACACUCCAGCCGGUCGCCUUUGCACCAUUGCGGAAGGCUGAAUCUCAAACUUCGGAACCCAUGCCCGGACUCGCGCGAGACUCCAUCAUACGUUUUGCCGAGACUUGCCACUGCGGUCGUGAGAAAGCCGGGUUCGGCUCAGAAUGCUCCUGGAAGCAGCUGGUGAAGUUUAGCUCCGGGUCCUUGUGCUUUUUUCUGCAUGACAAUGAGCUGAACACACCGACAACACUGCGAAUUGAUGGGAGCCAAGCUGGCCUUGCCGGCCCAGGCGGCCGCAGUUUGGUGGCGUGGCUCCAAGAUGUCAGCGUCAGUGGGAAGUCGGCACGCCUUGAGCUAUCGACGCUCGAGGCUGCUGGGCGUGGCGCAGGCAAGCCGGUGUGGACACUGUCAGCUGGAAACGGGGCCCGAAACGAGAUUUGGAACGUCUUCAACGUCUCGAUUCCUGUUGAAGAGCUCUUCGAAACCAUCCAGCUUGCAGUGGGCACAACGCAAGACCAGACUGAUGCUGAGGAGCAGGCUUUGCCCCUCAGGAUAGUGCCACACGCGCCCCCUCCGGUCUUGAGCACAGACAAAGGCAUCCUCCUCCCAAGCGUCUCCAUUAGCAAUCAGCGCAGCGAGUACAAGGCAUGCGAGAUGCCGGACCUCGAUUCGGUGCAUGCGGCAGUGCUGGACGACCGCUUCAGAGUGGAGGAUCAUUUGGUUGACAUGGGCGUUGACUGCUUUAAGCGGAACGUGUUGCAGAAGCGAUUCCGUGUGGUUCGCAACCAGAGCUGCGACUACUGCGAUUGUUACCAAGCUUGGAGUGACUCUUAUGACAUUGCAGUUACCACAUCUCCUCAGCAAUGCCUCCUUGAAGCGAUUCGGGUGGGUGACAGAAAUGCGUCGGCCAGAAUCAGCAAGUCCAUCUCGCCAAGAUUAGCAAGAAUACAUAGAAGAAGUGGGAGUACUUGUGGCAUUGUGCAGACAGCGGUGCGGCUGGGCCAAGUGCGCAUGAUCCCGUACCUUCUCAAAAAAUGGGGCCCAAACUGCCGAAACUGCCCUGAGACUCCUCUCGGAGUUGCAGCAACAGAAGGCAACAUCGAGGCCAUGAAUUUGCUCCUGGGGCAUCCCAAAAUCAAGGUGACAGAAACAGAUGCGGCCAAUGCCACCGCGCUCUUCCGUGCGAGUCAGCGUUGCCACACAGCGGCCGUUGAGAAGCUCGUCGAAAAAAGCGACGUGAACCAGCUGAUUCUUGCCAGAGGAGAUGGGUGCCCCGUCACGGCUUUGUUGGGGCUCUUUGGCCCAGAAGGUGUUGGCGUGGAGGCUGAUACCGCAAGGGCUCCGUGCGACCUCCGUGAGCUUUUGCGGAUUUUGCGCAAGCACAACGCCAGCUUCUCAGUUCCGGUGCCAGGUGCCGCCGGCGCAAAUUUCGUUCGCGGAAGCUCUCCAGGUGCUGCUUCGGGCCCCCGCGCUUGCAAGCCACGGACUGCUCUUGUCGAGGCAAUAAGCAGCCGCAGCAAGCGCUUGGCAGCAGUGCCGCUCCUGCUCGGGUUGGGGGCCGACCCCAAUCAGAAAGGCCUAACUGGAUCUGGUCAUUUGCAUCCUCCGCUGUUGGCGCUUGUCUACAUGUUCCUGCACAGCAAGAGCCUGAGCUGGGAGGCUUUCGCCACAGCAGCACGCGUUCUGCUGCAGCAUGGUGCCGACGUGAAUGGCACCGACGACGAGGGCUUCACUGCACUGAUGGAGGCCGCCUUGGAAUGCCACUCAGAAACGGUGGCACUUCUGCUACAGCACGGUGCCAACCCGGCCAUCCAGGAUCACAGGCGCAAAACCGCCAAGCACUACGCGAACUCUGAGUACAGCGAAAAGUGCCGCGAGAACAGCACAGCGCUGAAUGAAACGCAUCGACUCCUUGGGCAGACCGUAUCUCGGAUAGAGGAGGAAGCCUGA